AUGUCAGACUGUCUCAAGCUGGACUACAUAGAGCUGCUGCAAGAAGACGUGAGCAGGAGACCUGAUAGACCGGUGGAGAGGAGUAAGGAGGAGGAGAAUGAAGAGGUUUCAGGAAGACCUCCAUCCACUGACGGUCUGGCUCCUGGACCCAGGAACCAGCUGUUGGCCCCCUACUCAAUUCCCAGCACCCUGGCCGUGUCCCCCAGCCUCGGGGGUCUGCCUGUUACACCGGAGCUAGCUGUGGAUCUGAGGAAGAUUUUGUUUGGCGGAACGUUUCACGUCUUUAACUACGAAUGGCGGAAAUCCUGCUUCAAAUUCAGAGAGCCCAACUCAGAUCUGGCCUACGCUCUGGAGACAGAGAGGGGUGGGACCCGUGCCAUUCAGAUGGUUGUCCAGGCUCACAUCAUUAAAUACUUGCUGUUCACUGGACCAGACGGCUCGGAGCGCCGGACCCUGCAGAGUCUAAGUGAGGUGGGCGAGAGACAGCAGGAGCAAGCGUUGGCGGCGGCGCUGACAGACAUCCUGUGGUCGGCCGGCGAGGAGCACAGCGUCACCGUUACCCUGGUUACAGCAGACUACUGCAUCACCCCACACCUGGACUACAAACUGGACGACUUCACCGAGAGGCUGCAGCUCUUCACCUUCAACGAGAAAGACGAAGUCAGAAAAUUCAUCUAUGAUCACAUCCAAUGUUUUAAAGAGGAAAGGAGUCAUGGAGUCAUCCUGUUUCUCUACAGCCUCAUUUGCUCAAGAACAGUCAAAAGAUUGCAGGAGGAUCUGGACUGGACCACCUCCCACUUGCUGCAAGUCAGUCUGGGAAACUUCAUCUGUCGGCAGGCUCUGUUAAACCUGCUACUGACAGGGAGAGCCAGCCCCAAUGUGUUUAACGGGAACCAGACCCAGGGUCCAGAUGACCAGGUUCUGGUGCGGCCCCUCCACGGCAUCCUGGCCCGCAGUGACACGGGCUUCCUGUACUGGAGCCGCGAGCAGCGGGACAGAAACACACUUCCUCAGGUGGGCAGUAUGUUGAAGACCCCCAGGUUUCCGGUUUGGGUCUGCAGUGUAAAUGGAACCUACUCGGUUCUGUUCAGUCUAAAUCGCUCGCUGCUGUCCGACUGGAGGAUGGAGCAUCUCUUUCAGCUUUACUUCUAUAACGGACAGCCGACACAGAGGACUACCGCCACACUCACUAUAGAUACACACUCCCACCACUGGGAGGCGACAUCAGAGAGCUGGGAGGCAGACCUGGAGAGGUGCUUCCCCUCUACGGAGAUGACCAUCAGGACCAAAUGGGACGGAGCUGCCAUUGACUGGAACGGCACCACACCAUUCUAUUGACCCGACAACACAUCAUACUUCUGAUUUAGAGCGAUCCAGCCCGUGUCCUGCAGGACAGCGACCCAUCUGACCGUGCACACCGUCAUCCAGCCCGUGUCCUGCGGGACAGCGACCCAUCUG